UAAACUUUCCUACAUUCGUGAUAAAGCUGCUGUAAACAUAAGCAACAGUAGGAGAGGAGGAGAAGAACAAGAAACUGGGAUGGAAAGAAGGCCUUUACAGUGGAAGAAGGGCAAGAUUCUUGGGGCAGGAUCGUAUGGGAGGGUUUACUUGGCUUCACCAGCGGACUUUUCUUCACCAUCGCCUCCAUUAGCCGCUGUGAAGUCGGCUGAUAUCAAUCUCUCAGAAACUUUGCAGAAAGAGCGUAUGUUCUUGUACGAAUUGAGGGGCGAGCCAAACAUCAUCCAUUGCUUUGGCAAUGACAUAAGCACGGAAAAAGAUGAAAGAGUUUAUAAUCUUCUUCUGGAGUAUGCGCCGGGUGGCUCCCUUCAUGACUUAAUCAAGAAGAACAAAGGUACUAUACCCGAAUCCCACGUUGCAUGUUACACUUACAUGAUCCUCAAGGGCCUUUAUGCUAUGCUUGAAUGUGAGAUUAUUCAUUGUGAUUUAAAGCCGGGUAACAUCCUUGUUUUCCCUAACGCCGACGACAACAAUGGCAUACACCAACUUAAGAUAGCUGAUUUUGGACUCGCUAAGAAAGAGUGGGACACCGAAUUACAUGAAUGGGGAAGAAUGGGAUACAAUAACCGAUGUACGCCUAUUUAUGCAUCGCCAGAAUCAUUAGCAUGUGGUUGUAAGGCAGCAGUACCGUCAAAUGUCUCCACUGCCACCUUUAAACUUGACAUUGGAAUUCUCGACCAUGUGGACGAGGAAGCCGAUGCCCCAGAUACAAUUCUUGACGUGGAAUUGUCAGAUGCCAUUACAGACUCAAAUGAUAGUGAUAUAUGGUCCUUGGGCUGCAUUGUCGUAGAGAUGAUAACUGGCGAACCAGUCUGGUCGUGUCGCACUAUAGGAGAACUGGUAAGUAAAAUUCUGUAUGAGAAACCUAAGAUACCAGAAAACCUUUGUGAGGAGGGAAAAGAUUUCUUGGCGAGAUGUUUUGAAGCAACUGUUCCCAAGAGAUGGACAGCAGAAGAAUUAUUGGAUCAUCCCUUCAUUGUCAAAAACCUGAAGUUCUUAGAUGAUGGAAGUCGUCUUUCCUCUGGUCAAUGUUAUCAGAUGAACCCUUUUGGCUUUGUUGACUCGGUUUCUACCCUUGAUUUGUUUUCAACUUCUUCGUUGGAGCCUCAAUGCAGCCCUUUUGAGUCUUGGUGCCGAGUGACAGACAACGAGACAGAAGAAUCCCGACCUUCCUGUUGUCUUCCCAGUGAAUCAUUCAAGUUGGAGGAGAAAUUAAAAAAUAUCCAUGUGUUCUGAUCGAGCUGUUUCGAAGAUUAUUAUUAUUCUGAUCUUUCUUGCAGGACUUUUUUUCCCCUGUAGGACUUUGAAUGUGAAGAAGACCUUUAUCACGCUGAUCUUUCUUAUAGGAUUUUGAAUGUAACUAUUCUACCUGGUCAUCAACGAAGAUAUCUAUAUUUGAUCUAAUGUUGAUCAGCUUAUUGUUUUGUUUUGUGUGAUUGCUGAGUUCAAAGUUGGGAAACAAGUAGUAACGUCUUGUGUACAGCUAUUCCACGUAAUAUAGGGGGAUUCAUUGUUCAUUAUUACUGAAAAAAAUAUGCAGCAAUUUUUGGUUU